UGCCCCUUCAUUAGUAUUCGGAGUUGGUUUUCACUUAUUACUUUGCUUCUGAUUCCUUGCUGAGUAUGAAUAAUCCUCAGUUGACGCCUUACAAGUUCCCUCAGGAGGCGGAGAAACUGUACAAAGACUUUUUUCACUCGAGAUACCCAGAUCAGAAAACUCAAGCCAUCUCAAAAGUCCGCUCCUAUUUAACCAAAGGCCCUAUUCCCCAUAGCAUUGAAAUUACUGCUUUGUUGACAGAGGCGAUUCUUGAAGAUGAAAAAAAAACAGGGGCUAAUUUAUCAACAUAUGAGAAAAGUUAUCCUAGAGUAACCAGCACUUCCAGUAUGUCGGACUUAUCUAUUAGGUUGCAAUACUCAAUGUGUAUAAUAAAAUUUGUCAAUGGUUUACUUGAUCCAUUUCAGCAAUCGAUAUACAACAUCAGUUUACAUAAAUUAGCUAUCGAACUUAAUUUGCCCAAUUAUUUUGUUGAAACGAGACAUGUAAGUACACACGAAAGGUUACCAAGCUUGGAGAUGAUGAGACUGGUAGCCCUAAGAGCUCUAAACUGGAUCAAGUCUGAGUACUGGGAAAAGGCAAUAGGGCAGUAUAAAGAACAAGGAGCGCUGGAGGUAAACUUGGAUCAAUGGAUUGAAUGCAUCAAGAAUGAAAGGAGAAUACGUAUAAAACGAGAAAACGAUGCAAGAAGGAAGGAGAAUCUUUUAUUUAUAAGUGAAGCAGACAUCGAAGAAUUAGAAAGUGUUUUGAAGAACAUUAAAAAAAUACGAAAAGAAGAGUUGCAGAAAAAUAGGAAGGUGAAAGAGUUAGUUACAGAAAUAGGCAAGCUCAACAAGUUGAUUGCUUCAAAACCUAAUGAAUUUUCAAUACAAUUGUUGAUUUUCAAAAAUUACCUGAUUCUCCAUGGGGAGAAAAACGAAAAUCUAAAUGAAAAGAAGAUGUUAGGUUUAAGAAAAAUGUGGGGGGAAGUCGUGGAAAAGUUAGAACCCGACUUUUGUUUCAAACUGUGGACAUUCAUGUUCAAGCUUGCUACAAUGAAAACAUUUGUCAAGUACGACCAGGGCUAUGUAGAAAGCAAACUUUUGGCUAACCAAACCAUUCAAUAUUUGCAAGACGACAGAGAAUACACUCAAACUGUUGGUUGGUUGAUUGAUAUGUUGACCAAUGUAGGCUUUGUCAAUAAGACGAAUAUUGAAUCAUUACUCAAUUUGUUGAUGAUUAGCAGUGACAUAAGCAAGAAAUGUUUACCUAUCUUGAAACAGAAAUACUACAAUUUUUUGACUGAAUGUAAACUAUUCGAAAAAGCAGAGAAAUUAGAAAGUAUAAUGACCAGGUUUUGGGUCAUCGACAACAAUUUUGCAGAGAAAAAGAUUCAAGAUAUUGAUCAUGAUGCUGGUAAUUAUGUACAAAACAAGAGAGUCAAGCCCUCCUUAUAUUUAUUUGAGACGUUUCCAUCCUGGAGACCUGUACCAUUUGGAUGUCCGCCUUAGGUAUACCUAUUUACAGAUUCAAAUAUUCUAUGUAUAUAUGCUUGUUGAUAAUAAAUAGACUUAAAAAACGUCC